AUGCCCGAAAUCAUCGACGACAAGUCCCAACACUGCAUCCCGUUCCUCCUGGAGCGAUUAAAAGCCCACCAAGAGCGUUUCGGAAACGACCCGGUCAGAACCCCACCAUUCUUUCUGGGGUUGAAUGGCGUCCAGGGAGCCGGAAAGACGGUGCUGGUGUCCACCCUCCAAUCGACUCUCCGCUCCGCGCCAUACUCCCUCCCCGUUAUCACGCUCUCGCUUGACGAUCUAUACCUCACCCACGAGGAACAGGUCAAUCUCGCCAAGUCGCACCCUGCAAACCCACUACUGCAGCAUCGCGGGCAACCGGGUACCCAUGAUCUGCCAUUAGCCAAGGAGGUCUUUGAAUCUCUCCGCGCGGGCCGAGCCACGGCUAUUCCGCAGUAUGAUAAAUCGGUGUAUGCGGGGCAGGGUGACCGCGUACCCGAGUCGCAAUGGGAGAUCGUUAAUGGUGAGGGGCAGGAUAAGAUAAAGGUCGUCAUUUUCGAGGGUUGGUGUGUCGGUUUCCGCGCUGUGGAUGAUCGGCUCCUGCGCGAGAGGUGGGAUGAUGCUGUUAUGCGGAAAGAGAAGGGUGGCUAUGAUGGACGGUUGGGAUAUGUGCCGUUUGAGGCUGUCAAGGCUGUUAAUGAUGCGCUGAAGGAAUACGAUCUGAUCACUGAUCAGUUGGAUGCUCUGAUCCAUAUUGAUGCCCAAGACUCACACUUUGUCUAUGACUGGCGACAGGAACAAGAAAGGACGCUUCUAGCUGCCAAAGGAACGGGCAUGACCCCGGAACAGGUCACUCACUUUGUCAAUGGCUACUACCCCUCAUAUGAGCUUUUCACCGAUGGCCUUCGAGCAGGUACCUUCCGGCCUGUUCCACAUACAACAGCUGCAUCUAGACCUUCUACAAGCUGGGAGGACAGACAGCUUCAUUUGAUCGUCGAUAAGAAUCGAAAAGUCCAAGAAGUCCGCAAGAUAUAG